AUGAUAUCAAUAAAGCAAGCUUUAAAUUCUGGAAAUGGUUUGGAAGCUAACCAGACACCAGAGGAGGGAACGAAUCAAGAACAAAAUCCCCAAAGUCCAAAAAAUAAUUCCGAAAAUCAAUCGCAAAAUGGAGAAAUAGCAAGUCCGAACUCUGCCAAAUCUAAUAAAUCUAACAAUAAUUCUGUUAACGUAAGCGGAAAUGCAUCUCAAAGAAGUAAUAAAACAGAAAAAAAUUCAAAUCAAGGCGAAACCGAACAAAAUAACGAUGAAGUUAAAAGUCAAAAUUCUGAGCAACCCGAAAAUAACGAAAAUCAAGAUCAAAACGAUCAAGAAAAUAAUAACGGAGAUACAGCAAUUUCAGACGAAACAUUAGACAAAGUGCAUGGGAUGGUAGAUCAAAAUUUCAUUACAGAGCAAACGAAUACGAAUGAAAAUCCUGAAGAAGAAAAUAAUGAAAAUCAAGUACUAAUUAAAUUCCAAAGCUAUGAAGGCAUAUAUUUUAAUAUUAGACUCGAGAGGCCAAAACUCAUCAAUAAAUAUGACAACUCAUAA